AGCGGUCGCGCUGGACAAGGUGCGCGUUGUGGAGAAACUAAUCGACCCGGUUUCGAGCUGCGACCACGAAUGACGCCCACGGUGAACCUAAAAUCUGAGGAGACAUCUCGCUGCCAGUGGAGGGUCAUUUUCACUUUAGUUUUGAGUGUAAUGGAAGAUGUUUUCUCAGUUUUAUGCAAUCACUUGCUCUAUCUCCUCUCAAACACGCGAUGCGCGCAGAUUACGCGCUAUUUGAGACUUCAAGAGCGGAUUUGAGGAAACUGACGCGUUUACUGAGGUUCUGGCGAAAAAACGUCUUGGUUUAAGAUUGAGCCAGAUGCUGCUGAAAACUGUGAAUCUGGAGGACAUCUCGCUGAAAACAUCAUCAUCUCUUUUGUAUUAAUAUUGACAAAGUGAUCCAUGUUUGUUCUCAGCCUGGAUAUGCAGACGCAUCAGAACCAGACCCGAAGUGUGUCGGCCUGGUCUGGAGUAAACAGGGUCGUUCUGAAGUGAUCUACUGAGCCAUGCUUUGUAGCCCCCUACAUUCCCAAGAUGGCAAAAUGUGAACUCAUUGAAUUACAGGACUUGACUCCUGACGACCGCAUCGAGUUAGCGCCCCCUAGCGGCCCUCCGCCCACUCUGGAAAGGUGGAGCAAAGAGAAGGUGGUGCGGAUGGUGGGGGAGCGCGUGCGUCUGGAGGACCCCGACUGGCUGACAUGUAAACCCGGACGGGGUCACGACUUCCAGCCCUGCAGCCAGACGCAGCUCAGCUGGUGCGACCUCUGCGGGGAGUUUAUAUGGGGCCUGUACAGACAGAGCCUCCGCUGCACACACUGUAAUUACACUUGUCACUACCGCUGUCAACCCUUCAUUCAACUGGACUGCAGCUCCCACUGCGACACUGUCAGCGAACAAUUGAACUACUGCGAGGACACGAUUGAGACGGACACAGAUGUGGAUGAGCCGGUCGACUGCAGGAAACCGGAGCUGUCUGUCACUGAAAUACAGCAGAAAGUGAAAGAAUACAAUGCUCAGGUCAACAGUAACCUCUUCAUGGUUCUGAACCGUGAUGGAUCUUACACUGGCUUCAUAAAGGUCCAGUUUAAGCUGGCCCGGCCCGUGUCUCUCCCUCCUUCACGGAGCACGUCCUCCUCCUCGGGAUGGGAUGGCAGUUGUCGAGAAGACAAAGCACUGAAGCAUCGCACCUCAUUCUACCUGCCCAGAGACACGGUCAAACACCUGCACAUCAGCUCCAACACACGGGCCAGAGAGGUCAUUGAAGCACUGCUGAAGAAGUUCACCGUGGUGGACAAUCCGGCCAAGUUCUCGCUGUUCGAACGCAGUGAACGGCAGAAUCAAGUGUACUUAAGGAAGAUGGCGGAUGACGAACGUCCACUUUUCCUGCGUCUGUGUGCUGGACCCAAUGAGAAAGUCCUCAGUUUAGUACUUAAAGAGAAUGAAACGGGGGAAGUCAAUUGGGAUGCAUUCAGUUUUCCCGAACUUCAGAACUUCCUGCGCAUUCUGCAGCGGGAAGAGGAGGAUUAUGUCCGGCAGAUCGUGCGGCGAUACGCCUUGGCACGAGACAAGAUGAAAGAAGCUAUGAAGAACUUCAGUACGCCUGGCUGAAACAAGCUGCUUUUUAUACCUCACAAACAAAAGAUAAGGAGAAGGAAACGUACUAAGGACGCUUGUACGCAGCUUAUUACUGUUUGAAUCCAAAGAGUGUGUGGAAGAACCCUUUGUCCUACUGUGGUAGAGUACAUGAGAGGGUUGUAAAUGAAAGGGAAAUGCAGUGAGAGAGAGAGGAAUAGCGUGUGUUAAAGAGUGACUGAUGAGCGUGAGAGGAGUGUGACGUUAUACUGGAAGAAAUGCUGCGGUCGUAGCUGUAGAUCCAGUUGUGGAGCGAUGUCUUUCCAGUGUGACCGACAGAUUAUUUGCCUGUGGUGAAUGCAUAUAUCAGUGCAGAUUAAAGAGUACUUGGAGCACCAUUUCAACUUUUAAUAGGAAUAAAAGGAUUAUUUUAAUGUCUAUAUUGAUAUACCACCAUGUAGCGAUGCAAUACUUGUCAGAUAUUGAAGGACCCAUGUAUAUAUUGGAUAUUUGUUCUAAAUUUCUUUGAAUAAAAGUAAAAUAUUUUCCCCCUUUAAAA